AUGGUGUGGCCCCGUGCUGACCCUAAGGUGUGGCCCCGUGCUGGCCCUAAGGUGUGGCCCCGUGCUGGCACUAAGGUGUGGCCCCGUGCUGGCACUAAGGUGUGGCCCCGUGCUGGCACUAAGGUGUGGCCCCGUGCUGGCACUAAGGUGUGGCCCCGUGCUGGCACUAAGGUGUGGCCCCGUGCUGACACUAAGGUGUGGCCCCGUGCUGGCACUAAGGUGUGGCCCCGUGCUGACCCUAAGAUGUGGCCCCGUGCUGACCCUAAGAUGUGGCCCCGUGCUGACCCUAAGGUGUGGCCCCGUGCUGGCACUAAGGUGUGGCCCCGUGCUGACCCUAAGAUGUGGCCCCGUGCUGACCCUAAGGUGUGGCCCCGUGCUGACCCUAAGGUGUGGCCCCGUGCUGACCCUAAGAUGUGGCCCCGUGCUGACCCUAAGGUGUGGCCCCGUGCUGACACUAAGGUGUGGCCCCGUGCUGACCCUAAGGUGUGGCCCCGUGCUGGCACUAAGGUGUGGCCCCGUGCUGACCCUAAGAUGUGGCCCCGUGCUGACCCUAAGGUGUGGCCCCGUGCUGACACUAAGGUGUGGCCCCGUGCUGACCCUAAGGUGUGGCCCCGUGCUGGCACUAAGGUGUGGCCCCGUGCUGACCCUAAGAUGUGGCCCCGUGCUGGCACUAAGAUGUGGCCCCGUGCUGACCCUAAGGUGUGGCCCCGUGCUGGCACUAAGGUGUGGCCCCGUGCUGACCCUAAGAUGUGGCCCCGUGCUGACCCUAAGGUGUGGCCCCGUGCUGGCACUAAGGUGUGGCCCCGUGCUGGCACUAAGGUGUGGCCCCGUGCUGACCCUAAGGUGUGGCCCCGUGCUGGCACUAAGGUGUGGCCCCGUGCUGACCCUAAGGUGUGGCCCCGUGCUGGCACUAAGGUGUGGCCCCGUGCUGACCCUAAGAUGUGGCCCCGUGCUGACCCUAAGGUGUGGCCCCGUGCUGACACUAAGGUGUGGCCCCGUGCUGGCACUAAGGUGUGGCCCCGUGCUGGCACUAAGGUGUGGCCCCGUGCUGACCCUAAGGUGUGGCCCCGUGCUGACCCUAAGGUGUGGCCGCCACCGUGUGACACUCGCACAUAA